AUGGCAGCUGCAGGCCCAAGUGAUUCCGGAGAGAGCACCCCUGUUGUGGCUGGGGCAGACAAAGAGCCAACGGAGGAUGAGCGCGAGGCUUUCCGCCAGUACACAGAGAAGUUUGGGGAAUGCCGGGAUGGCUCCAACCCAGGCUACAGCCGGAAGUCGUUCCCAUGGUUCACCGGGAAGCCACCUCAGGGUGAGAAGCUUUCCACAGAGUCGCUUCAGGCUGCGCUGAGCUACCGGCCGAUCAAGAAACGGCUGGCGAAGGCCAACCUCACUGAGGUGGAUUCCGAUCGAGAAGAAAUUCCACUCUGCACCCGUUGCUCUAUGCCUGUGGGUGAGUUUGCCUACCAGGGUCGCGAGGGCAAGGACACUUGCGUCCACACCGAGUGCAUGGCGCAGGUGCUCAUGAAGGAGGCCCAGCGCGAGGAUGAGCAUCGCACGACGCGCGAGAACAACAAGAAGCUCAAGAACCGCAGGGAAUACAACAUCGGCUGGCGCAUGGACAGUGUUCCCUCCAAUGCCAGCCUGGCUGAGCGAAUGGGCUGCCGUCCAGCUCCUCAGGGGCUGUGCUGCCUGGUUCUGGAUGAGGCUUCGAAGACCGUCCGGGUGGCCGCGACGCUCGAGCCGUCAGCCUCGGUGAACCUGGAGUACCUGCUGCUGGCUCUCAAGGUGAGGAAGUCCGCCUCGCGCGAGCCCCUCUUCUCUCUGGAUCCCAUUGACCCGAAAAACCUCGAGAACUCGCCCCAGAAGAAAGUCUUCGAGCCUUCCUGGUUGGCUGGCACCAGCGCCGGCGAUGUCAUGUUCCAGGCCGACUACUUUUUGAAGGAGCUAGCCCUCGGAGAGUACAACAUGCCCGUGCUCGGAAUGAUGAGCGUCUUCGACUGGUCCGAGAUGGGCGACAAGGACAAGACGUGGUCUGGCCGCGAGUGGUUCGUGGUGAAGAAGGCCGAAGUCCGCAUGGCCGAGGAUCGGACUCUGAUCCCGCACGUCCGCAUGGGCGUGGAGGCCCGCGAGCAGAUUCUGACCGCCAAAGGACUGGAGGAUGCUCCCGUGACGGUGCCCACACAUCCCUUGAAGAAGUUUGCGGAGGCCUUCACCCGUCACUUCGAUCUGAUUGCAGAGCGCAAGAGCGUCAUCUUCCACCUCCGUGAGUUGGCGAAGGCCUCCGUCAUGGCCAAGUACCUGGUGGAUUCGAAGGCACGUAUCGACCCGUCGUGGUAUCGUCUGGCGGACGAGAUCGUGAAGGGCGCCCCGCCAGAGCCCUACAUGGAGAUCCCACAGCUCUGGAACAUGCGCGGGAACUCCCGCAUCAAGCUCCAGAAUGGGCGCCUCAUCGACAUGGUCACAGGCGGCCAGAGCAAGCUCCAGGCGAUCUACGGCGGCGUGGAGUUCGGAUUGGACCGCUUCGAGCUGGCCCAGCGACAUGCGUUGCAGGGCCAGCCGACUGGAAUGCAGCUGGGCCAGUCGGGACGGCCGAUGUUCAUGCCACAGCGUUUCCAGCUAGGCCAGCGCGAAAUGCCACAAGGUGUGGAUCUCAAUCUGGACAAGUUCUCCCUCUCCACGGAGGAGCGCUUCCGUGGCAAACUCCCACCCUGCAGCGGCGAUGCCACGUCUCUGGAGGGUCGUACCACGCUGGGCAAGGCUUUCCUGAGCAGCCUGCGGCAGAAGUCGUGGACCGGCAUGAAGAUCGACGACCAGAAGCUGCUCCUGAACAUCUUUGAUGUUCCCCAGUGCGACCGCGUGGAGGAGGGCGAUGCCUUCACCCCUCCGGACCCCAACCUGGAGUACAUCGUGAAGGUUCGAAGCCUGGUGGGUGAGGAGGGCGGCAUCCGGGAUCGGCGAAGGGUUCGUUUCGCGGAUAAGAACUUCGUGAUGGCCAAUCCCGGCAGCGAGUUUCCCAGGUCUUGGACUUCUCGGUUUCAGGUGGAGCACGAAGGGCGCAUCUCCUACACCGCCCCCACGAAGUUCGGCCUGGUGAAGCUGGAUGUGGAGGUCACAGAAGACGGGGUGGCUUUCCGAAUCUACAAGCUUGGCAGCCUGGAGGUCCGCACGGUCCAAGAGGAGAUGGUUCACGUGGUCUUCUCCUCUCGUGCCGCGUCCUGGGAGACGAAGGGAUCCAAGGCGCAGGACGUGCUGGGCAAGGAGAAGCUUAGCCGGUGCCGGGUCUAUGUCGAGGCCAUGGAGCACGAGGCUUGCAACAAUUACUACAUCGUGCUGGAGACCAUCGAGAAGACGGUCAUCGUUACGGAGCGCAUGUCGGAUGGAUCUUUGUGCUGGCUGCAGAACCCUCACAACCUUGAGGACCGCAAUUCCUUGGCCAAGUUGCUCUUCACUGCGGACUGCAAGGAGGGAAUGCGCAUGAGCGAGGUCAGACAGCACUUUGAAGCGCAGCCACGUGACACGGACGGUGAUCAUCGCAAGCGCUAUGCCAAGGCGCUCUACGCCUUCACCACAGGCCGGAGCCUGAAGGGCAAAUGGGGAGGCAGCGCACGCCGCUACACGGCGCCGCCGAUGCGUGGCCUUGGAGUGCAGGCGCUCGGCCGCAGCUCAGAGUUCAUGAACGUGAUGUGGCUAGCAAGGAGCUCCGGGCUCCGGGGUCUCUGA